UGUGUGUCUCUGUUGCCAUAAUGUUAUUCAGACUUUGAUCUUAGGGAAGUUGGAGUUAAAGUAAAAGAAUUUCUCAGUUGGUCUCAGUGUUUUGUUGGUAAUUAUCCAGAGCUACAGACAGAGCAUCGCCUGAGCUGAGUGGAGAAUUGCUACCCUAAAAGGGCUGACUAUAAUGUCAGCGUACAUCUCAAUGCUUGGUGUGGCAGUGUUGCUCCUCCACCUCUGGGGGACACAUUCUUUCCCCUCCUCUGCCUGUCCUGUUCCCUGCCUGUGCCAGCACGGUCCACUCCUGAACUGCUCUUCUUUGGGUCUGACUGAGGUUCCCACCCACAUCCCAGCAACUGCGGUUUCCUUGAACAUAUCCAAUAAUGCCCUGCGUUCUCUGGCUCCUCUCAGCUUUGGUCAUGUAAAACUGAAGGGACUUCUGCACCUUUGGGUGGGAAGUAAUGCUCUGGAGAGCCUGUCUCUGAUUUUGAAGAGGGACCGGUCAGGCACUAGGACCCUGUCAAGUGGAGAACAGGAAUGCAUGUCCUGGGCACCUGACCUUCAGUUGCUGUCUGCUGAAAGAAACCAUCUAAACCAUCUACCAAAGGGGCUGGGCUGCAUGAAGUCUCUGCAGAUUCUUCAGCUGUCUUAUAACCAGAUAUCUAAGAUAGGUCUUACUGACCUGGACAACUGCAUUCAUUUGAAAGAGCUACAUCUCCAGCAUAACAGCAUCAUAAGCAUUCACCCACAAGCUUUUAUAGACCUAAAACAGCUGCAGGUCCUUGAUCUGAGCUAUAACCUGCUGGUCACCAUUCCUGUUCCUGCUUACCAGUCCCUGCGAAGCCUGAAUGCCUUGGUCAAUGUCUCCUUCAACAGAUGGAAGUGUGACUGCAAUUUGCAGACCUUGAGAAGAUGGAUUAGCUUUGAUACUGAAAUUGGUGAUGCUUCCUGGCAAGUGCUAUGUGCCUCUCCACCACAUCAUGCUGGAAAAGAUCUGCUUCACCUGAAGGAUUCGGAGCUUACUUGUCCAACACAUGAAUCCAGCACAUCUGGUCACUAUCAUAAAAUGAUUGUGGACGAGGGGAUGCAAAUAUCAAUUCCUUGCAGCAAUGACAGUCAAGAUAUCAUGCUGGUUCAUUGGUGGACUCCACAUGGCCAAGUCACAGAUAACCAACCAAAACUUCUAAUUAAGGACAUUACAGAGCAGCAUGCAGGACUUUAUGUAUGCAUUUCAGGUCUCCAAGGGGAGCACAUAUCAGUAUUUGAUCUAUAUGUCUAUAAAAAAGGCAGUGGCUCAAGACCACGUAGGGAAGCAGCAACCAUCUUGGAUCAGGAAGAAAAUAAAAACACACCAAGGAAUGAUCCUGUUGUACGGCAAACAAGGACCCAGUCAAAUUUUGUCCUUGCCGUCUGCCUCUCUGUCAUCAUUACAUUUAUUGUAGCCUUUAUCCUUGGUGUUCUUUUGAGACCACUCUUAGACAAAUUAUGGAGGAGAAUACGAUCCAAGAGACAAUCUACACCACGACCAACAACAACCUCCUCCACUGGGCCCCAGCCAUAUGUGAAUGAAGGGUACUGUGAUAUAGAAGACCAAGAACAAGCAGUAAGAGUAGGUUCAAGAGAUGCAUUUAGUGGAAUCACAGAAGUGGAAGAUCAAGUUCCUUACUACAUUACAGUAGAGAAUGAUCAAGCAGAUGGCUCCUCUGAAAGCAACACAGAAAUUGAGGCUCAUUAUGAGACCAUUGAAAAAGAUAAAUCCUCAAUAAUUGGUGGGAAACAGCAGGCCCUUGAGAUGGAGGUUCACAGAGGAAGAGCAGACAGCAGUAGUAGCAGCUCACUACAGGAAGGGGAAGUGAAUGCUUUAGUCAUAAAUGCUAAGCUGCCACCCUGCUCAACCGAAGACAUGGAAUUUGAGCCAAUUCCAGAUGCAGAUGAUAUUACCCAGUUAAAGAAAAGGGGCAGUUCUUCAACAUCAUCUCAGUCAAGUCAGGAAGGUAACUUCUCAAGACAAACUGAACAAAGUGUUGACCCUCCUGCUUUCACUAUACCAGCAAACAAAAACAAAAUAGGUAGAAUUCCAGGAUUUAGUACAGAGCCAUUUUCAGAAUGGUCAAACAGACUGACAGAACAGAAUGUUGAUAAUUUGGACCCAGAGUUGUGGAAUGACAGUGGAGAAAGCUUUUCUUUCACUGACGGCUCUGAAAGGUCAAGUAUCCGGGAUCUCUCCAGCUCUGCUGUAGGACACCCACUGAAGGAUGAUGACACAUGGAGGCAAAGCAAAGUAGAAUCACCUUCAGACAAAAUAAAUCUUGAUUCAGAGGUUCUUGAUUUCGACAAACCUUUUGGUAAAGAACUUCCUGUUGAUGAUGAGCUCUCUGACAUAGAAAGCUCCUCUAAUUCAAGUGAAAGUGGUGAAAGUGUAGGUGGACCAAAUAAUUAUGUUGUAAACCCAGACUUAAUGGAUGAAUCAGACACAGAGAACUAUGCAAACUUGGUCACUUUAAAAAGAUUUGAAGAUGUCACCUUAAAUGAAAGAAUGCCUAGUGCUGGCAUUCUUAUAAGACAAGAGACUGUCACUCUAGAGCCAUCAGACAUACAUCUGACACUUACUCAUGGAGACAGUGUUGAUGAGAGUAUGCAUAUUUAUGACUCCCCAAGAAAGAGUAAAGAUGACAAAUUUGGGAUAUGUGUCGAUGUGGGUCUUGAUACAGUGCCAAAGGUUAAAAGGUAUAUUGAAUUUAAACAGUUCAAACCUCAUUUUGGACCUCCAACUCUGCCAUCAUUUUCUCCUACCUCAACAAGGAAGAACAACACCUUAUCAGAUAUUGAAGUGAAAUCUGAAGCUAACACUAAUGCAUUCUCUGGAGACAACAAAUGCUUAACACAAAUAGAGGUAUCUCCUGAUAGAAUUCAGAAAGUGAAGAGAUACAUUCGCUUCAAACAGCCUGAACCUCAUUCCCCAACUCUGUCAUCAUCACCUUCCUUCACCAAAAAAGAUGAUAUGCUGGAAGCAAAAAGUUAUAGCUCAUCCUCAGAUGAUGAUGCUGAACUGACAACUAAAGGCGACAAUUUGGAUGUAUCUUCUGAUGGAGUUUCAAAAGUAAAAAGAUACAUUUUAUUUAAACAGAUUGAAUCUUCUUCCCCAACUCUGUCAUCAUCAACUUCCUUCACCAAAAAAGAUGAUAUGCUAGAAGCAAAAAGUUAUAGCUCAUCCUCAGAUGAUGAUGCUGAACUGACAACUAAAGGCAACAAUUUGGAUGUAUCUUCUGAUGGAGUUUCAAAAGUAAAAAGAUACAUUUUAUUUAAACAGAUUGAAUCUUCUUCCCCAACUCUGUCAGUCUCCAGACCUAAAAUUGAGACCACAACUGAACAAACGAUAAAAUCUUUGCAACCAAGCACCACACUUAAAGAUACAAGUCAAAAUUUGGAAAAAUACGUGUAUAUUAAUCAGCACAAACAGCAUUCCUCAUCUCUGCCAUCAUCACCUACUUCAACCACGAAAGGUCUAUCAGGGAAAAAGUAUAAACGCAAAAAACAACAAGAUCAAUCAUACUAUGGAAGUUAUGAUAGUCUGCCACUAUACCAUGUCCAUCCUGUCUAUAGGUCAAGUAUAAACAGACUCAAUAGAGGCUAUGAUACUGACAGAUCAUAUUCCAGUGAAGAAGAAGAUCAAUUUUUGGAGUACCCAACAAAAUUAGAGAUUACAAUAGCACCUGGGAUAAACAGAGGACCCAUCACACCAGAUAAGAACACAGACCAAGUCCUCAACAUUGACUUUGAUAACUCCUCCAGCAGCACAGAUGUAUUUGACAAGAAACGGUCUAAAGGUCUAAUGAGAUUAAGAGCAUUAAGUGCACGAUUUUUCAACAGACAAGAACAUGAACCAGAUGAGGGGAAUCUUCAAUCACAAGUUCAAACUAAGUCAAAAACUAAGGUGACCACUAAUGAAGAUAAUCUCUUUGGAAAAGGUUUAUCCCUUGAUCAUUUACCAAAAGUGAAGAGAUACCUUCAAUUUUCACACUCCGAUUCCUAUCCUCAAGUCCAGUUACCAUCUCCUCCACCAACCACUGGUGUAGUCAUGCCUGAAUUUUUAGCGACAACUGAGUCCAGGAGAUCUAGUUUCUCCUUUGAGGAUGACGUCAAACAAACCACUGAAGAUACAAAUGUUGUUGGACAAGUUGAUGCAUCUUAUGACACUCUACCAAAAGUAAAAAGAUAUAUUCAGUUCUCAAACACUGAACCUUGCUCGACAACACUGCCCUUGAACAAAGAAAGUAUAUCACCUGAACUAGUGGCACAACCUGAAUCAAGGAGAUCAAGUACGUCAUCUGAUGAUGAUAUCAAACUUACAGCCAAUGAAGACAGUUUCUUUAGGAAGAUAGGUGUAUCUCUCGAUGCAGUGCCGAAUGUUAAAAGAUACAUUCAAUUCAAUCAGCCAAAACCUUACUCUCCAACUCUAACAUCUUCACCUAUUUCAACCAAGAGGCCUGAGGCAGCAGUGGAGACACAUUCCAGUACAUCUGUCAAGUUGGAUGACAAAUCUGAUGCUACAGAAAACAAUUUCUGGGGGCAAAUAAACCUUGAUGCAGUAUCAAAGGUUAAGCGAUAUGUUCAAUUUACACAGUCCAAACAUCAUUCUCCAACUCUGCCGUCAGUUUCAUCCUCUACAAAAGUCACAAUUGAUAUGGCAGUGAAACCUGAAGCUACAUUUGACAGAUCCUCUGGAGACCAGGGUUAUUUAAUGCAAACAGAGUUAUCUCCUGAAAAUAUUCAAAAAGUAAAAAGAUACAUUCACUUCAAGCAGUCUGAACCUCAUUCCCCAACUAUGCCAUCCCCACCUUCCUUAACUAUGAAAGAUGCUAUACAGGAAAAAAGGAGAUAUAGCUCAUCAUCAGAUGAUGAUCAACUGACAAUCAAGGAAGAUGAUUUCUUCAGGAAAAUAGGUGUAUCUUUUGAUGGAGUAUCAAAAGUAAAAAGAUUCAUCACAUUUAAAGAGUCUAAACCUUCUUCCCCAACACUAUCAAUAUCCAGUCCUACUGCCACAACUGAGGCAAAAAAGUCUAUGCUCACUAGCACCUCUAAAGAUGAUGUCAGAUCUCAGAAUGACGAUGAUAAUUUCUUUGGUAAAAUAAAUGUAUCUUUCGAUGGUGUGCCAAAAUUAAAGCAAUAUCUUAAGUUUAAGGAGUCUGAACUUCGUCCACAACACAUUCAGUCAACAUCUUCACCUUCAGCCUCAGGAGUAGUUAAACAAGGGAGAGUGGAAACCGAAUUCUUUGGAGAAAUCGGUAUUUCUCUUGACAGAGUACCACAGGUAAAGAGAUAUAUUCAAUUUAAACAGCCUGUAUCUCAUCUUCCAACAGUGUCACCCACCACUUCAGAUACACUGCAAGUCACAACUGAGGUGAAAACCAAAUCUGAAACAAAGAGAUUGAGUACUUCUUCUGAGGAUGAUGUCAAACAGACAGCCGAUGUCUCUGGACAAACAGGAACAUCUCUUGAUAGAGUGCCAAGAGUUAAAAGAUACAUUCAAUUCACACAUCCUGAAAUUCAAUCUCCAGUUCAGACAACAACUGGUCUCUCAUCUGAAAGAGUCAAUGUAGCUAUUGUAGCUAAAGAAACAAGGAGAUGGAGCACUUCAUCUGAGGAAGAUGCUAAACCGACUAGCAAAAAAGAGAAUAUCACUAAAGAAACUAGUGAAUAUCUUGCCAAAAUCCCAAAAGUAAAGAGGUACAUUAAGUUCACACAAUCUCAACCAUACUCCUCAAAUCUGUCACAAUUUCAUCCUUUAACCAUGGAAAAAUCCACAAAGGUGACAGAAACUGAACUGAAACAACCAGGCACUAGGGAGAGCACUUCAUCUAAAGAUGAUGUUCAGGAAGACAAUGGCUCUGGGCAAAUAGGAGUGUCUCUUAACGUAGUACCUAGAGUUAAGAGAUACAUUCAAUUCACACAUUCUGAAAGUCAGUCCCCUGCUCAGUCAACAUCUUCUGUUUCAGCUCAAAGACUUGGAACACUGGGGGUAGUUCAAGACAUAAGGAGAUCAAGCACUUCAUCUGAGGAAGAUGUCACACUAAGUGCUAAAGAAGAUAAUGUAUUUGAACAUACUGGAGCAUCUCUUGACAAAUUUCCAAAGGUUAAGAGAUAUAUUCAAUUCACAAAGCCUGUAAGUGAAACUCUUAUUCAGACAACAACUGCUCUCUCAGCUAAUAGACUUGGAAUAUCUGGGGUUGUUCAAGAAACAAGGAAAUCAAUUACUUCAUCUGAUGAUGAUGUUGAGAUAUCUACUCAGAAUGAUGAUGCGUUUAAACAAAGAGGUGAAUCUUUUGACAAAAUCCCAGAAGUGAAGAGGUACAUUAAGUUCACACAAUCUCAACCAUACUCCUCAAAUCUGUCACAAUUUCAUCCUUUAACCAUGGAAAAAUCCACAAAGGUGACAGAAACUGAACUGAAACAACCAGGCACUAGGGAGAGCACUUCAUCUAAAGAUGAUGUUCAGGAAGACAAUGGCUCUGGGCAAAUAGGAGUGUCUCUUAACGUAGUACCUAGAGUUAAGAGAUACAUUCAAUUCACACAUUCUGAAAGUCAGUCCCCUGCUCAGUCAACAUCUUCUGUUUCAGCUCAAAGACUUGGAACACUGGGGGUAGUUCAAGACAUAAGGAGAUCAAGCACUUCAUCUGAGGAAGAUGUCACACUAAGUGCUAAAGAAGAUAAUAUAUUUGAACAUACUGGAGCAUCUCUUGACAAAUUUCCAAAGGUUAAGAGAUAUAUUCAAUUCACAAAGCCUGUAAGUGAAACUCUUAUUCAGACAACAACUGCUCUCUCAGCUAAUAGAAUUGGAAUAUCUGGGGUUGUUCAAGAAACAAGGAAAUCAAUUACUUCAUCUGAUGAUGAUGUUGAGCUAUCUACUCAGAAUGAUGAUGCGUUUAAACAAAGAGGUGAAUCUUUUGACAAAAUCCCAGAAGUGAAGAGGUACAUUAAGUUCACACAGUCUGAACCUUCCCAGGUUCUUGCACAAUUUCCUCUUCCAAGCACUGUAAAGUCAGUAAAGGUGAUGGAAACAGGAUCUAGUACUCUAGUAUCUCCUAAGGAGAAUGUUAAGGAAGACAGUGUUCUUGGGCAAACAGAAGCACAUCUUGACCGAAUACCAAGAGUUAAGAGAUACAUUCAAUUCACUCAUCAGUCCCCUGAGCAGUCAACAACUUCUCUAUCAGCUGAAAGAGUUGGAAUAUCUGAAGUCAUUUUAGAAACUCGAAGAUCAAGCACUUCGUCUGAGGAUGAUGUCACCUCUAAAGAAGACUAUUUUGGUGGACAUACUGGAGCACCUCUUGAUAAAAUACCAAAAGUUAAGCGAUACAUUAAUUUCACACAUCCCGAAAGUCAAUCUUCAGCUCAGACAACAACUUCUCUCUCAGCUGAAAGAGUCAAUGUAUCUGUGGUAGCCAAAGAAACAAGGAAACCAAGCUCUUCAUCUGAAGAUGGUGAUAAACCAUAUACUAAUGAUGCCAAUGUCAUUGGAGAAACAUGUGAAUUUCUUGACAAAAUCCCUAAAGUAAAGAGGUACAUUGAAUUCAAACAAUAUGAACCUUAUUCCUCUGCACAGUCAAAACUCCCAUCUUCAAGUGUUGCUAAAUCUGUAAAUGUGACAGCAAAAGAAUUAAGGGGAUCCAGCACUUCAGCUGAAGAUUAUGUACAACCAUCUACUAAUGCAAAAAAAACAGCAUCAAAGACACAGAUCACUUCAUCUGAAAAUCUUGACACAGUACCAAGAGUGAAGAGAUACAUUCAAUUCACACCUAUUGAAAGUAAAUAUCCUGCUCAGGCAUCAACUGCUGUCUUAGCUGAGAGAGUUGGAAUAUCAGGGGUAGCUCAAGAAACAAAGAUAUCGAGCACUGCAGCUGUUAAACCAUCUGCUACUAUCAUUGGUAAAUCAGACAGAAAUUUCUUUCAAGAAACUGGUGUAUCUCUUGAUAAGAUCCCAAAGGUAAAGAGAUAUAUUGCAUUCACAAAGAGUGAACCAUCUUCUUCAACCAAAUUAAUGAAAACAGCUUUAACACCUACAACAAAUACAGACUUUGAAACCACAUGGUCCAGUUUAUCAUCUCAGGUGUCACCUCCUGCCUCAAUGAAAAAAGGUUCUGCAUUAAUAAUAAAGACCCAAUCAGAAUCAUGGACUUCGGAGUUUACUUCAAAGGACAAUAUGAAAGGAGAGCUUAUAGACCAUUCAGUAGAACAGACUGGCCUGAAGUCAAAGGUAAAGAAGUCAAGUUCCUCAUCCAGUGACGAAUACUCUGUAGGACAUAAGGUUGUGGAUGUGGAUGUACCAGCACCACAAGAUGGGCCACCAGCAGUUCCACAGACACCGCCACCUCCCCUAGAACAGGAGGAAGCCAGAGAGUAUCUCAGAGAGAAUUCUGAAAUCCGUCAAAGGCAAGAACGCAGAAGAUUACAGCAGCAAAGGAGAAGGGAAAUGGAUGAGUUCAACAUUUCAUCCCUAUCCUCCAUUCAACAAGGCGACCAGCAGGAUAGAUCACCAGCAGAUUAUGGAGAAGUGCCACCAUUCCAAACAGAACAUAUUUACAGCAAUGUUUCUACAAGGAACACAUUAACUUCCAGACACGCAGAAGGAGCCGAAGCCCCAGUUUUACGGGGCCUUAAAACUAAGAGUACAUCAACACUUGAUUCCAAGUCAACUCCAAAGUAUAGGGAAUAUUUAAUUUAGCUAAAGAGUUCAUUUUUACUCACCAGACAAACAAUGUUGUAUGAUUUUGUGCUGAUGCUUUCAAAAUCACAGAUUUGAGGAUGGGGCUCUGCUUAUUACGAAGGAUUGUAAAUACUGUAAUGUAAUUAUGAACAUAACCUAAACUUAAGUAUUUCAUAAGUUCUGUUCUUUUUGCAUUGAAACAAUGUAUGAAUGUACUUAAUGUGUAUUGUCUAAGAAUAUAAACAUGUAUUGAUUUUAUCAGUCAUGAUGUGCAGUACUAAAAAAUCCAGAGGCUAUUAACUGCACUCAAUGACAACACAUUAUAUCCAUUAAUGAGGCUAUAAACUUUAUUCCAACGCUGUUGAA